AUGGAGAAUAUGGUACUGAUUGUUGGAGCUGGACCUUCUGGUCUUGCAACUUCUGUAUGCCUAUCAGCUCACUCCAUUCCCCACGUAAUCCUUGAAAGAGAAGAUAUUUACGCUUCUCUUUGGAAGAAAAGAGCUUAUGAUCGCUUGAAACUCCAUUUAGCCAAAGAAUUUUGUUCACUUCCGUACAUGCCUCACUUAGCCGAUAGCCCCACCUAUAUACCAAAAGACAUGUUUGUUAAGUACCUGGAUGAAUAUGUUUCAACCUUCAACAUCCAACCUCUAUAUCAUCGAUCUGUUGAAUCUGCUUGUUAUGAGGAAGUCGAUGGGAAAUGGAGAAUCUUAGCCAGGAACAUGAAAUCAGGGGAUGUGGAAGUUUAUGUUGCUGAGUUCUUGGUGAUUGCUUCUGGUGAAAAUAGUGCCAAGUACAUUCCUGACCUUCCAGGGUUGUACAGCUUCAAGGGAGAAAUGAUCCAUUCUAACGAGUAUAAAUCUGGCUCCAAGUAUGCAAACAAGGAUGUUUUGGUCAUAGGAUGCGGUAAUUCGGGUAUGGAAAUAUCUUAUGACCUUUCAACUUUUGGAGCUCAGACUUCAAUUGUUAUCAGAAAUCCUUUUCAUGUGGUAAGCAAAGAGAUGGUGCGUCUAGGGAUGGUAAUCUCCAAGUAUCUGCCCGUUUUUGUGGUGGAUUUCAUCGUGUUACUGAUGGCAAAUAUAAAGUAUGGUGACCUAUCCAAGUAUGGAAUCCGUCGACCAAAGGAAGGUCCUUUCUAUCUCAAAGCAACAGCGGGAAGAGCACCAGUAAUUGAUGUUGGAACUGUUGAGAAGAUCAAGUCUAAAGAGAUAAAGGUUGUUCCAGGGAUAUCUAGCAUUAACGGGAAGAAGGUGUUGCUUGAGGAUGGUGCUGAGAGAGAGUUUGAUGCAAUCGUUUUUGCAACUGGCUAUAGAAGCAUAGCUAAUGAAUGGCUCAAGGAUUAUGAACAUGUUCUCAAUGAAACUGGGUUGCCUAAAAAUAAUUUUCCACACCACUGGAAGGGCGAAAAGAACCUGUAUUGUUGUGGAUUGUCAAGGAGGGGACUGUUUGGCGUGUCAAUGGAUGCCAAGGCCAUAGCUGAAGAUAUUAAGAGAGUAAUCGAUGAAAAAAAUGUGAAAGUGAAAGGUCCUCCGAGGAUUUUAUCUCUGUUACCCUAUUGCUAG